AGUCUUCUCGUUGUCCCAUGAGCCCAAAUUUUGAGCAUCGAAGCUACAGUACAUUUUGAUCUCUUGAAGUCUUGACAGUGUUAGGUCGACUGCCUUUAGGUAUUCUCCCUCGAAUGUGUCUAGCACCCAGAUAGUUGAAGUGUGUUUGUUUUUGAUGCGAUUGUCGAUUGAGAGGUGUAAGUUGGUUGAUAUUGAUAACUGUCAGAUUGGUGAUGGCGCUUUCGUGCACGGCAGCUAUGACAAUCCCCUUGUCCUCGACGACACUGUCAUGUCUUUCUGCUUGUGAUACUGGGUCAUGUGCAUCUGCUCCAUUUUUGCCGACUCUCUCGUCAGCUGUGCUUGUGAGGAGCAAGAAUAGGACUAGGAGCUCCGAAGUAAUUACCUGCUAUGGCACACCGGCCUACGGGGCGCCCCGCCCUUAUCAGACACCCGGUGCCGAUUUCCACUUUGGCGCACGAUUAGCAGAGACCAUCUCUCAUUCCAGCUUCGGUGAAAUCAGCAAGCCCGAUUUCUCGUGGAACCACGGUGCACCGUUGAACUACUCCUCGCCCGUGAACUACCAAACUCCAAAGGGCUAUGGCGCGCCAUAUGCAUAUGGACCUGGAGUGGGAUCGACAACGACCGAAUUGGGGCAGGAAGCUGAUAUAGUUGAGGAGGCGAAAGAGGCUGAGCUUGAUUCGGGCGAUGUGGGAGGAGGUGGUGAAGGAGACGACGAUGGUGGCAGCGGCGAUGGCCGCGGAGAUGGCAAGGGAGACGAUGGCGAAGGAGCUGAUGAUGGCAAAAAAAAGAAAGCUGGGAUGUCUAUGUCCCAGAAGUUAACGUUAGCAUAUGCCAUUCUUGUUGGUGUUGGAGGGCUGAUGGGAUUUGCCAAGUCUGGCAGCAGUAAAUCACUUAUGGCCGGUGGAGGAUCAGCCUCAAUCCUCUACUACGUCUAUCUGAACCUCCCAUCAAAUCCUGUCAUGGCUUCUGCCAUCGGUCUCGGCAUCUCAGGCAUGCUCUUGUUUAUCAUGGGCUCUCGGUAUAUGGAAUCAGGCAAGGUCUUCCCAGCAGGAGUGGUUUCUUUGUUCUCAUUGGUCAUGGCAGGUGGAUACAUCCACGGAAUCGUGCGAUCCGCUCACCACUGAGUUUAGGAAGCCAAUAAAACUCUUUGAUUAGCGAUGAGACAAAGUUACAUGCUCCACUUACUGAAACUUUUGUACAGUAGAUUUCUAGGAUCAGUUUUGGAGAUAACUGACCACAUCUGGUUACAUUUGGCAGAUAUCCUCACCUUUACCGUUCUUUCUCUUGUUUCGUUUGCAUGGAACCCCGAGCUUGUGUACUGAGCCUUCAAGAGGUUUUCACUAACAAAUGAUUGAAUUCAGUUCUUUGCA